AAUGGCAUGGUAUUCCGAGUAACUAACGUCGACAGUAACGACGUUACGUGUUAUUUGAGUAGUAGUUGUAACUGUUCCAAGUACCACGUGUGUUCGUAGUGGAGGUGUUUGGUGCAGUGGCUGGUGCCUGUGUUUGCUGUGUGUUCGCUGCGAGAAUAGUUGCGCACAAUGCAGGUCUCUCUUCGUCGCUGUGUUGGCCAUGUCCUUGGCUCAGGUUCUGCUGCCGCGGUGAGAACUAUCUCAACAUCGUCGCUUUGCAGUCAGCAAAAGAAAACUACCCAGUUGAAAAAUAUGCUGAAUUCAUCGGAGCUGGAGUUUCUUAUGGAGGCACAUGAUGGAUUGAGUGCAAAGAUUGUUGAAGAAGCUGGUUUUAAAGGUAUAUGGGGUAGUGGACUGUCCAUCUCCGCUCAGCUUGGUGUGCGCGAUAGCAAUGAAGCAUCAUGGACACAGGUUGUAGAUGUUCUAGAGUUCAUGUCGGAUGCCACUAGUAUACCAAUACUACUGGAUGCAGACACAGGCUAUGGGAAUUUUAACAACGCCCGUCGUCUUGUGCAGAAACUAGAGCAGCGUGGUGUUGCUGGUGCUUGCAUUGAAGAUAAGCUAUUCCCUAAGACCAAUUCGCUGUUGGAUGGUCGCUCCCAACCACUUGCUGACAUGGAAGAGUUUGCGCUGAAGAUCAAGGCUUGCAAAGACUCACAGACUGACCCAGAUUUCUGCAUCGUAGCACGUAUAGAAGCGUUCAUCGCUGGGUGGGGUCUUGAGGAGGCACUGGCACGUGCUAGCGCCUACUCUGCGGCUGGAGCUGAUGCACUGGUUAUUCAUAGCAAGAAGUCUGAUCCGAGUGACAUUGAGGCUUUCAUGAACUCAUGGGAUAACCGGACACCUAUUAUUAUCAUACCCACCAAGUACUUCAAAACUCCAACACAACAAUUCCGUGACUGGAAUUGUUCCACGGUGAUCUGGGCCAACCACAAUAUCCGUGCAGCCGUCACUGCUAUGAAGGAUGUCACAUCGACAAUCUUCACUCAGCAAACACUGAUGGACGUGGAGGGAAAGGUAGCGCCUGUAAAUGAGUUGUUUCGCUUACAAAACGACAAGGAGCUGCGUGAAGCGGAGGACAGGUACCUACCGAAAGUGUGAUGCGGCUAUCGGCUUGACUCUGCCAUUGCCAUAGCAAGAUGUCAUUGCUAUCGGCUUGACUGUGCCAUUGCCAUAGUAUGAUGUCAUUACUAUCGGCUUGAUGUUUUCCACUCUCGAUUCUAGGGUGUUUGUGUGUGUGUGUGUGUGUGUGUGUGUGUGUGUAUAUCGUCUGUCGAGAAUUCUUUUCAUUGAUUGUGAGUGAUUAUUAGAUUAUUGCUGCAGCAUGCCUGUAGGUGCGUUUGUGCCGGCAGUGUCACUCAUAGACUACAUACUGCACAUGUGUUAUUUGCAUACCUAAAUGGACACCUUGUCCGUUUUGAAGGUUUUUUAAAUAUCAGGAAUUUAAAAAAAGAGCAUGCAGAAUGGAUAUAUCUCCCCUGGUCUGGGUAUAUCUCCCCUAGUCUGGGUAUAUCUCCCCUGGUCUGGGUAUAUCUCCCCUGGUCUGGGUAUAUCUCCUACAGACUGGGUGUAUCUCCUCUGGUUACACCAGGAGAGGUGAGAUUUUUGUGUGCGUUUGUUUUCAGCCUUGCGCCAUAUAAGACUGUUUGAUCCGAACGCCAACUUUGUCUGAACUAAAUCCAUGCAGAGAUUAUUUGGGUUUUUUCCGUGUUCUAGAAUUUCCUUUGCACUGCACGCAGUUCCGUUUGUUUUCCGCACAUUUCUUGUGAGUGCUAUUAUUAUAUUUAAAACUGCUUUCAUUCUAUGAAUUUGAAAUGUACGUACUGUGGUAGUGUGUUACUGUGGUAGUGCGCAAGUGCACAAGUUCGCAAGCUGCCAAAGCCUGUCUAACUGCCCGACUAUUGCUAGCUGCCAAAGUCUGUCUAACUGCCCGACUAUUGCUAGCUGAUAAUUAUGACUUUGAAGUACUGUA